CUUAUUUAACAGCCAUAAAUGUUUUUCAUAAUUUCGAUUAGAUUAAAAUGAUGCAUGACCGAAAUAAGUAACUCAAAAGUUUCAAUUAAAUACUGAUAGUUCAGAGAAUGCAGUCAAUAAUUGUUAUGAAGUGACGUAUUCAAUUCAAUUUAUGGCCGAUACAGAGAAUUAUGUUGAUUGAUUGUUUCGAAUUACUUUGUUAGUUUGGGAACCGAAUUCGUUACUCGCGGUCGUGUUCUUCACCUCUCAGAAACUAGAGAUCUACGUGUUUCUGUAAUUUUGACUCAUGCAAUAAUAUUCUAAGAUCGAAAAUGUACAGCUGGUAUUUUAUAGUAAUUGUAGUCAUAUCGCAAGCUCUAGUAAACUGUGCAAUCAUAGCAAAUGAUGAUGUAGAAGAACAAGGUUUAUACAGCAAGUCUGAUAAUGUUGUGAUAUUGACUCAGCGCAAUUUCGAAAGAAAAGUUUACAAUCAGAGACAUGCCGCAGUUGUACAAUUUUAUAACAGUUACUGUGGACACUGUAGAGCAUUUGCUCCAAAAUUUAAAGCAAUGGCAAAAGAAUUCGUGCCUUGGAAGCCCAUUAUCCAAUUAGCAGUUAUGGACUGUUCUGUUGAAGAAAACAUUGAAAUAUGUAGACAAUUUGAGGUAAUGGCGUAUCCAUCUCUGCGGUAUGUACAUGAGCAGUAUAAGAAGGCCAAUGGGAAUGUUGGUGACAGGAUACAAAUGGCAGAAGCUGGUGACAAACUCAAGGCACAAGUGAUUAUGAAAAUGCAAAAUGAACAGUCCAAGGGACGUUUAGGAUUUGCACCUAAAUUGGGUAUUGGUUCAUAUGCAUCCUAUGCAUCAGCACUCACUGAUGUGCCAAAUGAUGUGACUUAUACAUUCUUAAUAUUUGAAAAUGAGAACUCUACUAUCGGUUCUGAAAUCGCAUUAGAUAUUAAUGACUAUCAGCACAUAAAGGUGAAAAGAAUUUAUGAAAACAGUGAAUUGGCCGAUAUAGCUGGAGUGCAUCAUUUUCCUGGACUUGUCGCUGUUAGAUCUACAUUAGAGGCCACAAAUAUUACCCCAAAAAAUCCAACACAACACAAUGUGUUAAAUGCCAUCAAUACAUUUUUAAAAUCUAAAAACUAUAUAUUCCCAACUCGUGAUAUAACUCAUAAAGAUAACACUGUGCUUGACCAUUCUAAUGAAAAACACCUGCCAAAUUCAGAUGUAGUGUAUUAUGCUGAUUUAGAAAAAACUCUUAAAACAAGUUUGACAACAGAAAUAACAAGACAUAAAAUAUUAAAGGGGGAACUCUUAACAUCUUUAUUAGACUACUUGGAAAUACUUAGAAGCUUUUUCCCUGCUAGAGGAAAUCUCAGGGACUAUAUCAUUGAUUUGCAUACAACACUGGGUUCCAAACAAGAAUGGAGCGGCAGUGAAGUGUAUGAAACAGUAAAGAAACUAGAGAACACUCAUGCACCAGUGUAUUCAUCUGAACUAGAAUACAUAGGAUGCAAAGGAAGCCAGCCUCAAUAUCGAGGAUAUACUUGUGGACUUUGGACAAUGUUUCAUACCCUGACCGUAAAUGCAGCUCAGAGUCCAGGAGUAGAGGGCCCAAAAGUCCUGAAAGUGAUGCACGGUUACGUAAAGAAUUUCUUUGGCUGUACUGAUUGCUCUGAGCAUUUCCAAGCAAUGGCAACCAGAAAUAGAAUAUUUGAUAUAAAAGAGAACGACAAAGCUGUACUUUGGCUGUGGAUUGCACACAAUGAAGUUAAUUUACGACUAGCUGGUGAUCUCACUGAGGACCCUGAGCAUCCCAAAACCCAAUUUCCUAGUGUAACAAACUGUCCUGAAUGUAGAUCUGCUCGUGGUGCUUGGAACUUACCGUCUGUGUACCAGUACUUAAUAAAAGUGUACAAGAAGGAAAACAUCUGGGACCUUAGAAGAGCAAGAUCCAUAGCAGCAGCACCAAGCCCAUUCUCAAACCUGGACAUUGGAAUGCUAAGCCUCCUGUACAUGUCGGCCUAGAUUUGCAAUAGCGAGAUGACGUAACACAAGAAUUGAUUUCCACGUCCAGAUAACACCGUGGGAUUUUAGAUACUGUAAAAAUGUCGAGUAAUCUAUAACUACAAAUGGAAGACAAAAUAUUUGUAAAUUAUUAAAUUUUGUAAUGAUUUUCAAUGAUAUAAUAUGCGAUUAUAACAUCUGCGCUGUGGCAAGGUGCGGGUGAUAGUUUCAGUAACAUUUCAUUACACUCUUGAAAAUUGCCGCCUCAGUUGAAAAUUUACAAAUUAUGACUUAACA